AACCAAAAGAACAAUGAAGGACAGCACGAUUAAUGAAGAUGAUCCCAAUCUGUUGGUGAUUGUCAUUGACAUUAACCCGUUUGAAUGGGAACACCCUUCAGCACCCCUCAGCCUCAAUGAAGCUCUUCAACACAUUCUUGCUUUUAUGAAUGCACAUCUCGCAGGACGGCAUGACAACAGGUUGGCUGUGAUUGCAAGUCAUGUGGGUGCUAGCAAAUUUUUAUAUCCAGAAUUGAAUGGACCAAUCCCUGGUGGGAGAGUAGGAACAAAGAAGGACGCCAAUGCAUACCAAGUUUUUAAGGUUGUUAAUGAUGCAGUCCAGUCCGGGAUUGCAAAACUAUUGCAGGACCCUCGCCCUGCGUUGGAGGAGCGAGACGUUGGUUCAUCCAAGAUUGCGGCUUCACUAUCACUUGGACUCUGUUAUAUCAACCAGGCCCUAAAAUCCGAUGGGAUGGGGCAUGUUAGACCCAGGAUCUUAGUCUUGACAGUGUCACCGGAUUCAUCAUCGGAUUAUAUCCCCAUUAUGAAUUGCAUCUUUUCAGCGCAAAAGGCGAAUAUACCUAUUGAUGUAUGCAAGAUAUGGGGCAAAGAUGCUGUGUUCCUUCAACAGGCGGCGCAUAUAACAGAGGGUAUCUAUAUGAAACCGAGCGACCCAAGAGGCCUCUUACAGAUCCUGAUGUUUUCAUUCUUACCUGAUAUGUAUUCGAGGAAUUAUUUAUACUUGCCAGGACAGGAUCAAGUUGACUUUAGGGCAGCUUGUUUCUGUCAUAAGAAGAUUGUCGACAUUGGUUAUGUGUGCUCAGUAUGUCUAUCCAUUUUCUGUAGUUUCUCUCCAGUGUGCUCUACUUGCAGGACCAAAUUCGCGUUCCAGCCAUUGCUUCCUUCAGCAAGGAGGCUUGGUGCAAAGGCUGGUGCAUCCAAUCCUGGUUCACCACGCCCAAGUACACCUUUACCUACUCCAUCAUAGUCAAAGCCUAAAAAUCAAUAAAAAUACAUGU